UCCAGCCGGGGUAUAAAGGCCGCCCCGGGAGCACCCUCCAGACACUUCCACCCUCCUCCCCAACACCAGCCCAGCUCCACGCCAACAUGUGCCACACCAGCUGCUCCCCAGGCUGCCAGGCUUCCUGCUUCACCUCCAGCCCCUGCCAGGCGUCCUGCUACGUGCCCGUGAGCUGCCGGCCCUCCGUGUCCGUGCCCGUGAGCUGCCAGCCUGCCGUGUCCGUGCCCGUGAGCUGCCGGCCCUCCGUGUAUGUCGUCCCCUCCUCCCAGUCCUCCGUGUGCCUGCCCGUGAGCUGCAAGCCUUUGGUGUUUGUGGCCUCCUCCUGCCAGUCCUCUGGGUCCUGCCAGCCCUCCCGCCCCACCCUGGUCUGCAGGCCUGUGUCCUGUAGCACUCCGACCUGCUUCUGACCAUGAGCCUCCUGCCCAGCCACUCCCAGGGCACGGGGGCCACACCUGUACCCUUCCUGGAACGAGCCUUCAGUGGGUCUCCAGGUUCUGCACGGGGCAGAUGAAGAACAUGCCCAGCAGACUCUCUGAAGCCAGUGGCAAGGAUGGAGCAGGAUGAUCUGGAUCCUUCUUUGACCCUGGGAAGUGUGCCCCCCACCCCUGGGAAGCCCUGGUUUUCCAGGGGCUUCUGUCUCCAGCAGGGAACCAACCCUGUGUGAGCCAAAUAAAUUGUGCCUUCCUGA